AUGGGCUCCUUCUCCACCAUCACUAUGGGCUUCCUCCUCUUCCUGACAUCUCAGCUUCCAGGUCAAGCCAGGGCGAACCCUGUGUACACCUCCGUGUCCAAUGCAGACCUGAUGGAUUUCAAGAAUCUACUGGACCGUUUGGAGGACAAGAUGCCUUUAGAAGAUGAGGUCGUGCCCCCGCAGGUGCUAAGUGAGCAGAAUGAAGAGGCUGAGGUGGCUCUCAGCCCUUUCCCUGAGGGGUCUCCCUGGACCAGGGAGGCCAGCUCAGCCCAGCAAGAUGCAGGUGCCCUUGGGAGGGGCUCCUGGGACUCCUCUGAAAGAUCUGCUCUCCUGAAAAACAAGCUUCGAGCACUCCUUGCUGCUCCUCGGAGCCUGCGGAGGUCCAGCUGCUUCGGGGGAAGGAUGGACAGGAUCGGAACCCAGAGUGGCCUCGGGUGCAACAGUUUCCGGGUAAGAAGGGUGGGAGUAGAAAUGGGAGGGGGAGAAAUGAAAUGA